AUUUACAGGAAACUCGGCCUGGUCUGCGCAUGCGCUGCUGAGUUUGCUGUUACAGUAAAAGGCAGACAGCCUCUCUAACUGGACUUGUUGUUUGCGUGUUUUGUUUGUUUGUUUAUUGACACUCGUCCGGACGCCGCCGUAGCCAUGGCGUACCAGCUGUACCGGAACACCACGCUGGGAAACAGCCUGCAGGAGAGUCUGGACGAGCUGAUCCAGACCCAGCAGAUCACCCCCCAGCUGGCCCUCCAGGUCCUCCUCCAGUUCGACAAAGCCAUCAACACGGCGCUGGCCAACCGGGUCCGGAACCGGGUCAACUUCCGGGGUUCUCUGAACACCUACCGGUUCUGCGACAACGUGUGGACGUUCGUGCUGAACGACGUGGAGUUCCGGGAGGUGACGGACCUGGUGAAGGUGGACAAGGUGAAGAUUGUGGCGUGCGACGGAAAGAACUCGGGCUCCAACGCCGCGGAGUGACGGCGGCGGCGGCGCUGUGGGCGGACCACGACUGUACAUAUAAUUUAUUACAUCACGGUUACCUGUGAGUGUGUGACCACAUGCAGCAGGGCUUUUUUUAUUCAAACGGAAGGUUUUCAGUUUGUGUAUGCGCUGGAUCAUCUUUAAUAAAACUUUAUUUAAAAGGC